AAUAGUUUUGCUUUUCCUUUUACAUAGCUAUAAAUAGUAAACAACCACUGAGAAAUGUUGCUCUUAAAAUCCGUUAGAAAAACGCCAACCCUGGUUAGUACAACAACAGCCAGAAUUAGUGGCCCAAGUCUAGUGGCAAGUCUUGAACAACACAGGAACUUGAUUCUUACAAACAAAGUAUUGUCAAAUGGAUUGACCGGUGCACCGACAGCCGUUCGUUUCUAUGCGGAUGAUGCCAAGCGGGAACAACAGAGCUCCAGAUCGACACCAAAUGCCCCAGCCCUCAGUUUGCCAGAUCGUAAACAAAUUGAAAGAUUCUUUUUUCGUGUGUUUGCACUUAUUUGGGAUAUAAGCGUAUGGACCUAUUUUAAUACCAAAAAAGCUAUUGAUACCCACAUUAUAGCCAAUGAUUCCGUACAAUGGUAUUGGAAGCGAUUGCAUGACCGAAUGGAGCAGGCUAAGAAGGAGUGGUGA